AUGAAGAAGGAUCUCCGACGCUAUCUGAGACUCUCCAUCAUCACCGCCUGGCAGAAACUCAAUGAAUACUAUACCACUCUUAGAGAGUCGCCGUUGUUUGCCGCAUCCACCAUUCUCCAUCCAUCACUGGGCAAGAGCUAUUUGGAGAUGAAUCGGGCAUCGGAAGAACAGCUUGUCUGGGCGGGGGACGCCAAAGAUGGACUAUCUGACUACCUGGACCGCUGGUACCGCUGCAACCGGUCGGUGGAUGAGCAGCGAGGGGCAAUUGUUAAGACUACGGCAUCCCCAAGCGUGCCGCAGAGAACCCCGGUAAACAGUAUACUCAAGGACGAUCUGGCCGACUAUCGGGUGCCGCGAAAACUCCAAGAUUUUUACUUUUAUUAUGGCCGCUGGUAUGGAAAGAACGGAAAUCUGCCCAGGGAGAAGUACAUAUUCCCAAUCGACAAAGAAGAGCUGGCUCGCCUAGACGUUUUACACAAGUUCUUCUUAGUAGUUCGCAAGAACAAUCUCUUCUCGGCUUCGUUGGACGUGGAGCAGCCGUUGCGGAUCCUCGACCUCGGCACAGGCACGGGAAUCUGGGCCAUAGAACUCUCUGAAAAAUAUCCCCAUAUGCACGUACAAGGUCUCGACUUCAAUAUGAUACAGCCUAAGAUGAUUCCACGGACCAUGGCACCUCCGAAACCAUUCGACCUUGAGGGUUCUUGGGACACAGUUGACCUGGACUGGGACUUCAUGCAUGUCCGAACACUCUUCGGCAGUAUUCAAAACUGGCCAGAUCUGUACAAAAAGAUGAUCAUGUUGGUUGCAUCCGCCAUUAGUCCCUGCUCGCUGACCUUGGCUAACCCCUUAGUAAGGCACCUGAAGCCUGGGUGGGGCUGCAUGGAGCAAGUCGAAAUCGACUGGGUCCCACAGUGUGACGACGAUUCUCUUCCGACCGACAGUGCUCUAAGUCAAUGGGCCUCAAAACUUCUCAACGCAAUGGAUCAGUACGGCCGCCCAAUGAGAGUAAACCCCGAGAAAACGCGACAGCAGCUUGCACUGGCUGGCUUCGUAGACAUCAGUGAAACAGUCAUCAGAGCGUGUUACAAUCCUUGGCCCGAAGACGCCACUGAGAAAGAAGCGGCGAGAUGGUUUAAUGUAGGGCUCUCUAGCGGUCUCACAGCUCUAUCGUGCGCACCUAUGAUAUAUUUGGACGGCAAGAAAACCCGGCACCGUCUCUAG